CCUACCUAUCCGUCCCAACUCCACUUCGCUCCCGCCCCCGGUAGGAAACCUCCUCCGGUCACGUGGGGAGCCAAGGGGCUCCGCGAUUGGCUGCCCGGGAGGCGGGGGCAGGGCGAACGGCGCUGCGUGGUUCCCGUGGCCCCCCUCUCCCGACUGCUUGUUUGGCUGCUGCCGUCACCUCAUGGCGACGCGAGUAGAAGGGGUAGCGCGGGGAAGAGGCGGCGGCGAAGAGCCUAUAGAGCCGGGACGGGGCGGCCGGAGGCGCAGUCCGCGGCAGAAAGUGAGCUCUGAGUUUAUAAUUGGCACAAUGGAAGAAGCUGGAUUUUGUGGCAUAGGUGUAAAAUCUGAUAUGUUAAGCAAUGCUCAGCGAAAUGAUAUUUUACAACAUCAAGAAUCUAAUUGCCGUGGUUCAAAUAGCAAAAAAACAUUGGAGGAGGUUGAAGAAAGUAACUUUUUAACCAAGAAUAGAAAUUUAGUCAGUACAACAUACUGCACACGAGAAUCAAGAGAGGAAAUACCUGGUCGAGAAGCUCGGACAGAUCCACCGGAUGGUCAGCAAGAUAUAGAGAGUGACAAAAACAAAGAAAAAACUUUAGGAAAAGAAGUUUUGUUGUUGAUGCAAGCCUUAAAUACCCUUUCAACUCCAGAAGAAAAAUUGGCAGCCCUUUGUAAAAAAUAUGCUGAUCUUCUGGAGGAGAGUCGGAAUGUUCAGAAGCAAAUGAAGAUUCUUCAGAAGAAACAAGCCCAGAUUGUGAAAGAAAAGGUCCACCUGCAGAGUGAGCACAGUAAGGCUAUUCUAGCUCGAAGUAAAUUGGAGUCACUCUGCCGGGAACUUCAGCGUCAUAAUAAGACAUUGAAAGAAGAAAACAUACAGCAAGCACGAGAAGAAGAAGAAAGACGUAAAGAAGCAACUGCACAUUUUCAAAUAACUUUAAAUGAAAUUCAAGCUCAGCUGGAACAACAUGACAUACAUAAUGCUAAACUUCGACAAGAAAACAUUGAAUUGGGAGAGAAAUUGAAAAAACUUAUUGAACAAUAUGCAUUGCGGGAAGAGCAUAUUGACAAAGUGUUCAAGCAUAAGGAACUACAGCAGCAGCUUGUGGAUGCCAAACUUCAGCAGACAACACAGCUCAUAAAAGAAGCUGAGGAAAAACAUCAAAGAGAAAGAGAAUUUUUGUUAAAAGAAGCCACAGAGUCGAGGCACAAAUGUGAACAAAUGAAACAGCAGGAAGCACAGCUCAAACAGCAGCUUUCUCUUUAUAUGGAUAAGUUUGAAGAAUUCCAGACUACCAUGGCAAAAAGCAAUGAACUUUUUACAACCUUCAGGCAGGAAAUGGAAAAGAUGACCAAGAAAAUUAAAAAACUGGAAAAAGAAACAAUAGUUUGGCGUACUAAAUGGGAAAACAACAAUAAGGCACUUCUGCAAAUGGCUGAAGAGAAAACUGUUCGAGAUAAAGAUUACAAGGCGUUUCAAAUAAAACUGGAGCGCUUAGAGAAGCUGUGCAGAGCUCUCCAAACAGAAAGAAAUGAGCUUAAUGAGAAAGUGGAAGUCCUUAAAGAACAAGUCUCUGUAAAAGAAGCAGAUGUAGAUCAAACAGUUCCUGUGUUACAGCCUUGCACUCUUCUUGAUUCUCACAAAAAGAUGAAAACUCCCUCUAAAAAAGAAACGGCAAUUCCCUUAGAGGUUGAGCACAAUGCAACAGAUGAAGGCAGUGAUGGUUUUCAAGAGACUGUGUCCAUGAGUUCUGUUCCUGACACUGAUUCCGUUGACUAAAAUGAAGUGUAAACACUGUAUUGAGAAGAUAUAUUUUGUGUAUAACUUUCUCUGUUGGUGGUAACUAUUGGUUUUGUGGUGAAAAAUUUCUUACUUUUUCUACCAUAUCUGUAUUUUCUUAGAACUACUGGACUUAUGUGGUACAGGAAGUUGCCUAGCAGCUUUGAAUAGUUUUAAUCUAUAAAUUUUCCACAACUGUGUUGCACAUCUGCCUCAUUUUUUCCCCUUCUUUCAUAAGAAUGCAUGUGUAUGUUGCCUUGUCCAUCUUUUCUCUGUCCCUUGCACACAAAAAUCCCAUAAUUAAGAUUUUCCUUAAGGGAUACAUAAUGGGCUUAUCAUUAGCAGGAACACUGCUAAUUUCCUAAAUAUGAAAGUACUAUUUCCUGGUAUAUGAAUAUAAUUUACUUUUCACCCUCCAAACAAAAAGAAAAAACCCACAAUUUUUAGAAGAUGCUUCUAUUUACUGGCCUAUAAGAAAGACAAAUUUUCCCACUAUGUGAAAAGAAUUGGACCAGGAGCAAGAUUUUGCAGUGGCCUGGCUUAUCAGCUUUGCAAACAUUAACUUUGAUCAUGAGAGAUUUAUUGCUUAACUUGCAAAAAGCAUACCUAGUGUGUUACUAGGUGAAAACAGGUUUAAUGAAUAUAAUUAUAAUGGUAAAAGUAGCCAUUAGGCCUGUUUCAUAUAGUGAACUGAUAACAUGGUCUAGGAUAGGGAACUGCAGAGAAAUAAUAAAUAUGUGGAUACUGCAGAUAUUUUCCUAUGCGCACUGUUCUUUACUUCAGACAAUGCUUGGUAUCUUGGUUAGAGAUCAUUGUUAAAUGUUUGAAUUAUGUUGUAUGGUUCCUUUGAAUGGAAACUUGUGAAAAUGUUUUUAAGUUGCCAGGCUGUUUUAAAUAGGCAGAAGAUCUUUCUGCUACCAUUUGGUUAUAUCAAAGUUGCAACUUAAAAAAAAAAAAAAACCUGCAUGUGAAAAGUAGAAUUUAGUAACUACACUUUUAAAAAUAACAUGCAAAUAUUCUGGGGUUAUGCUUCCUAUGAAGCCAGAUAUUUGAUUAAAAAAAAAAACUUAAUUCAAAAGAAUAAUCCCUAAAGCAGAAAGGCUGGGACCAAUAUUUUAAAUUUCCAAACAGUAGGCAAUGUAAUCAGGAGACUAAUAGUGCUACAAGUGCCCAAGUAUGUUUUUGCUUAUUUUUCAGUUUGUUGCUAUCAUUUUAAAAGAAAUGCAAAAAGUACUAUUUUCUGGUACUUUAUUUUCUUUGCACUCAACUUGAAGAGGGUUUCUAAACUAAGCAUAUACUUUUUGAGGAUUCUCUUUGCCUAAAUAGUUCCUUUUGUCACAGUACACGUAGUCUGAAUGUUCAGACUGCACUGAUAAAAAAGGUUUUAACCUUUAUGUGAAGCUAAUCAUUGAGAUCAUGUUCUCUGUUUUAAAUCUGAUGCAUAGUCAGCUCACACUACUGAACAACAUCUUAAAUUGAUGUACGGUAAACUGUAGGGUGUAAAAGAACUCUGUCCUGUGCAGGUGAGAAAUGGUCCUUUCAGGUAGAUUUGCAGUCGAGGUCUUAAGCUUGAUGAGGGAAUAAGAGGAAAGUAGACAUAGAUGAAGGAGGAGGUGACAGGCUACCCUCUAAACUUUUAAAUGCUAAUCAUGUUAAAAACCAAAGGGCAAAGAAAUGUAGGGAGUAGGUUCACAUAAAACUAUACUUCGUUUCAGUGGUGACUUGCAGUUACCAUAUGAAACCAGGGGACUUGUUUUCUUAAGAGUAAGUGCAGAUUCAUAUAUGGAAACAGCUCCCCUUUCAAUUAGGACAAAUCCUUAAAUUUCUGAACCAGUGGAAGAUGUAGCUCAAACAUUUCAUGAGCCAACUGUUUAUCUUCCAUACAUUUCUACAUGGUGCUUGCUUUGCAUGGAAGAUAAUGUUUCAAAUCUUGUUGUGCAUUUGUAAAGGACUUGAAAAAAAUUUUAAUGUAUAGUUCUUUUCCUGCUGUUUUCACUUUAACUUUCUCUGCUCUAGAUCUAAAUAGUAAAAACAAAGCAACAGUAGAGAGUACUUUUGAGGACAUGUGAUUCCCUUUGAAUGGGUUUUUCUCCUUUAGUCCUAUAUCCCAACAAAAGAAACAAGUAUGCUUGCUUACUAGAAGGCCUCUCUUACUUAGUCUCUUCUCCAAUAAGAUGAUUUACAGGUCUAGUAGUAGCACACCCAACACUUAGACUCAGCUUUACCAUAUAGUUGGUGCAAUGACUGCCAGGCCCCCUAUUUUAAUACUUUUAAAAUAUUGUUAUUCAGUUCAUUUAUUCAUUUCUUGCACUAUCUUUGAAUCGAGGUGUGGUAGUCUAUAAUGAUAAUGGCCUCUAAAACUUGGGCCCUCGAUAAGAGACCAUUUCAUCAUUAGACCACAGAAGUGUUUUCUGAUUUUUAAGAGAAGCAUUGUGUGUGUGUGUGUGUGUGUGUGUGUGCGCGCGCGCGCGCGUGCGUGCAAACUGUCUUUUACUACACUUACACCUGGUUGUUACAGUUCAAUUCUCAGGUGUUGCAGAAAAUCUACCUCUUUCAGAUUGUAGAUGGAAAUAACUGUGAAAAAAAAAAGUGAUGCAGAAAUCUAGUUUGUGCUAAACACUGCUUUAUUUUUACAACCCAUAUCUGCUUUCAUGAGGAAAAGAAUUGAUUAAUGAACAGGCAGUCUUGUUUUGCUUUUCAAGACAUUUUGUAGAGAUUUUUCACUAAUGUGAAUCUGAUUUUAUCUACUCAAUUCUGUAUAGAUUAAGUAAAUAUGUAUGCUUAA